AUGGCUAAGGGAGCGGUACAUAUCACAGGGUCAAACUUCGCCUGUCGGCGCCGGUUGCGCUGGGACAUUCUCGACCGUAUGCGGAAACUGGUCCAGAAUGGGACGUGCGAACGGCCAAGGUGGCUGGAAUGGGUAGAACGAGCACCGCCGCUUGAGACAAGAAACAUGCUCCAUGGCGACAAGACCAUCCGCAACCCAUACCCCUCCCUGGUGGCCGACCUGCUGCGGAAGUACCCACACCUCCGAUUCGAGCAGUGCUACCGACCCGACAACCAAUGGCAAAAAGGCCUUGACAACUACGCCGUUGAUCACCCGGUAACGCAGUUCGUCGCCAACCAGCUGGCGCUCAUGAACCGUGGAAUGUCCCGUCGCGAAGCGUUUUUGAAGACUGAGCAGAUGUUCUACAAACGCCGCAUGGAAACCGAGGGUCGGCUCAAGGUGGCGAUGGCACUUGGCGUCGACGAAAACGCGGAACCACUUCACACCACGGGCUAUGCAUACUGGCAUGUGAGUUCCGUUUAUAGGUUAUUGUGGCUGCAUAGCCCGCAGAAAAAAAUCGCACAAGAUCGCGGAGUGUUCCUCACUCACGUCAGGGACGAAUUGAGGCGCAUGAAGAAUGUAGCCAUACAGCGGCAACAAAAUAAAGAAAAAGACGCUGCACCCGCAGAUGAUAAGUCAGCGACCUCGAAGUAA